CCGCUGGACCCCGGCAUCGCGGAGGAGAUCGCGGGAGAGGGGCUCGAGGCCUUCACCGGGCUCUACCGGUCGCUGUCACCGUUCGCCGCGGAGGAGCGGGAGGACAGGGAGAAUAUCUGGGCCCUGUUUGCCGAGAACAACUUCUCUCCUCACGCGCUCGUGGCCGUGCUGCACCACUUCGUCCACGCCGGCCAGCGAAAGCGAGCUAACGCGCGGCAGAGGGUUUGUGCUCUUCAUGCAGCCGGGUUGUACUUCCUGCUGCUGGAAAUCCCAGGUAGCGUCGCUAACCAGCUGUUCCAUCAAGUGAUGUUCGAUAAAUGUCUUCAGACCCUGACAAAAAGUUGGCCUCAAGAACCAGAUCUGAUGAGGAAAAGGAAGAAGAUGCACACCCAAAGCUCUCAGACCAAUGCAAGAAGAAAUAAAAGGAAAGGAAAAUCAUGCAGGAAUAGCAAUAUGGAAGAGACAUUGGAAGAGGAGGAGGAGGCGGAGGAAGACGAUGGUGAAAAUGUUUACUUUUCAACGGACGAUCUUCUUCAAGUGCGCGACGCGAUCUUCCUUCUUUUGAAAAACUUCUUAAGACUUCUGCCUAAAUUCUCGCUAAAAGAAAAACCUCAAUGUGUGCAGAACUGCCUGCAGAUCUUCGUCGAAAUGACAAACUUAGAGCCAGCGGUCCAUGAGUUUGAAUUUUCGGCAGCAAUGAAUGUCAACAAAGCCAAAUACAUUCCUGAGCUGGCCUAUCAUGGGCUGCGAUUACUGUGCUCCUCUCUACAUGGGACAGUAGAUAAGAUUCUUCGUUGGGUCUUCCAGCGAAUCCUCAAUGUCAUCCUUAUGCUGGAAAGCGGGGCGGGUUCCAGACCUGCCGUCCUUCCAAUCACAUCGGCUGUGACCACUGCCAGGAAUCAGGCUCUAAAAUUCAUCAGUUCCGUAGUAGAUGAGCUGAAAGAAGUUGUUUUCCCCGUUCUUCGAAUAUUACUGCAACAUAUCUGCAUCAAGGUCCCAGAUAAGGCUGAUUAUCGCACCUACGCUGCACAGGCCUUGGUGACUUUGCUGAAUAAACUCCCUUGUGUACAGUUUGCUGACUUCAUCGCUUGGCUGUAUAAAUAUUCACGCAACACUAAAAUUGCCUACAGAGUGUUUGCUCUUGAUGUAGCGUUGGCUUUGCUGGAUGCGCCCAAGAGGAGCUUGGAUGGCUCCUUGUCCCUCGAUCAUCAGAAGUUUCUAACACACAAGUUUCUAGUACAGGUCAUGGUGUUUGGCCGGUGUUCAGACAAAGCACCCGUGGUCCGUAGCAAAGCUUUAAGCAGUUUUGCCCACUGUCUGGAAAUGAAAGCUGCUGCUACCUUGGAGAGCAUACAGGACUUGUUACAAACCUCUGACCAUACAGUCUUGGAAGCAAACACAAACACCGCGAGUUCCGUAGUCAGUGCUGAAGCUGUGUCCAACCAUCCACUGAAGACCUUACCGACUUUCAAAACUAUUGAGUUGACAGAGAGCAGAGAUAGUGCUGUUCUUGACGGAAAAGAAGUCAUGGCCAUGCUGAGACUGAGAGCUGGCGAUGAGAAAACCAAUGUGAGGAAAUCUGCUCUCCAGGUUUUUAUGAGCAUCCUGAAGCACAAAGUGAUCCCUUGCACUGUGGAAGAUUUGUCCACUCUGCAGGAUCGUUGCCGGGACCCGGCUGUGUCCGUGCGGAAGCAGGCCUUGCAGUCUGUAACAGAGCUCCUCAUGUCUCAGCACGAUAAUGUUCUAGUGCAGAAGGCUUGGUUGAACGGAGUGGUGCCUGCUGUGAUGGACACUGAAAGUUCUGUCCAAGAAAAGGCCUUGGAUUGCCUUGACCAGCUCUUGUUGCAACAUAUAAAAUAUUAUAAUAAGUUCAGGAGUGAAGAUGAAAAGCAGGCUCUAGCGUGGGAUCUCCUUACCCUCUUGACUUCAGAAAGCCAGGAGCUGAACCGUUACUUGAACAAAGCUUUUCACAUGUGGUCCAAACAGAAUAAGUUCACCUCCACUUUCGUUAAUAAUGUCAUGUCUCAUGUGGAAACGGAGCGUGCUGUACCGGCUUGGAUGUUGCUUGCUAAGGUGGCAGGUUCUUCACCCAAGCUGGAUUAUUCCAAGAUCAUUGAAUCCUGGGACCAUGUCAGCAGGCAGGAGAACACGAGCGCUGAUACUACAGGACAUAUGCUGUGUGUCAUCGGUCAUGUCGCAAAACACCUCCCUAAGAGCACCUGUGAGAGGCUCAGUGAUAAUAUCAAGUGCUGGCUGCAGCAGUCUCAGUGUCCCUUGGAGGUGAUUAGCCCAGCUGUAGAAACUCUGCAGAAGCUCUGCCACGCGUAUGCAGAUGUGCCGGAGGAGGCACAGGAGCUGCUCAACCAGGUGUGUGGAGAUUUAGUAUCCACCUGUGAAAGCUAUAUUUCGAAUAUAGUGCUCAAAGAGGAUGGAGCAGAGCAGCUGCAAGAAGAUCUCUUGGUGAGACACCUCUUCAUCUUGGGAGAGGCUGCCCAGCUGUGCCCAGCCAAAGUGGAGAAACGCAUCUUUUUUUUGAUUCAGUCCAUUCUGGCUUCUUCUGUCCACGAGGACCAAUUGUCUGGUUCUCCAGAUGAUGAGGAAAUUCCAGCUUCGCAGCCCCUGUCCCAGUUCAGAGGAUCAAUCAUGCCUCCAGUGGUCAGAGCUCACGCAUUCAUUACUCUGGGUAAAUUGUGUUUGCAGCACGAGGAUCUGGCCAAGAAAUGCAUCGCAGCUCUGGCUCGAGAACUGGAGGUGUCACAUGAUGUGGCUGUUCGCAAUAACGUCGUCAUUGUCAUGUGUGAUCUCUGUAUCCGCUACACGUCCAUGGUGGACCGAUACGUGCCCAAUAUUUCCCUGUGUCUGAAGGACCCAAAUCCCUUCAUCCGGAAGCAGACGCUGAUCCUGCUCACCAACCUUCUGCAGGAGGAGUUUGUGAAAUGGAAAGACUGUCUCUUCUUCCGUUUUGUCAGUGUCUUGGUGGAUCCAAAUCCAGAUAUUGCCAGCUUUGGAGAAUUCUGCUUGGUGCAUCUCUUGCUGAAGAGGAAUCCAGUAAUGUUCUCCCAGCACUUCAUUGAGUGCAUCUUCCAUUUCAACUGCUACGAGAAACAUGAGAAAUACAACAGGUUCCCCCAGAGUGCACGGGCAAAGAAUCUCUUCUCUCUGAAGGGAAAAGAUAACAAAGAAAAACGGAUGCGUAUCUACAAGUUCUUGCUCGACCACUUUACGGAUGAGCAGAGGUUCAGCAUUACAACCAAGAUCAGCCACAGCAUCCUAGCAUGUUUUGUGGAUAAGAUCCUUCCAUUGGACUUGGAAGCCAGCGAGCUGCUCUCAGAUACGUUUGCAGUCCUGAGCUGCAAAGAAAUCAAGCUAUCAACUAUGAGAUCAAAGCCCGAUGAAGACAUUCAGCCUGAUGAAGAUGAAAUGGCAAUGGCCAACGCUGUCAUGCAGGUGGCACAGAAGAAGCUCAUCUCACAGGUUCAAAAGAAGAAUUUUGUAGAAAAUAUCAUCCCAAUAAUCACAUCGCUGAAGUCUUUGAUGGAGCAGAAGAGGAUCCCAGCUCUUAGGGACCUUAUGAGCUACCUGCGGGAAAUGAUGCAAGAUUACCGAAAUGAAAUCAAAGACUUCUUUGCUGUGGACAAGCAGCUGGCAGCCGAGCUGGAGUACGAUAUGAAGAAAUAUGAAGAGCAGCUGGCCGCGGAGAUGGAGUCGGACCAGGAGCAGGUCUCAGUGGCGCAGGCAGAGGUUGUUGGUGCCGUUAACUCCGUACACAUACUGUCUCCUCAGCUAAAGUUUGUCUACACGACGUUAUCCUUGAGCACACUUGCCAUCCUGAACUCUGCCAGGAAAGCCGUGGAAGCCAGAAGCAAGCAACGCAGCAAGAGCGUUGGAUCAGCUGUAUCACUCCAGUCAAGCACAGCUGGCAGCAAGCAAGCAUCCUUUCAAAGCCUGAACCAACAGUCUGCCGGAGAAAGCGCUGGUGUGGUGGGCCGUGCAAUCAGCACACCAGAACAGACCAUUAAUGAGUUGACUUUUGGUGCUGGGGUCAGUUACAUCAGCUUGACGUACACACCCGGUUCAGCUCCAGAUAAGAAGGAGGCUGAGGAUGAGCCACGAGAGAUUAUCUGUUUGACAUCACCAGAGAAACCCCCGUCCCUGCCACGCGAGUGGAAAGUAGAAUCCCCAGCAAGGAAAAAAAGCAGCCAGCAUGUCCCUCUGAGACGGUCCCAGCGGAGAACUCCACUGAAACCAGACAACUGA